CGCAAUCCUUCUGACAGAUAGAUUAGACAGGGAGGUCUGUUUCUGUCGCCUCAUUCAGUAUUGCGAGUCUGGGUAAAGCAAAAAAAAAAAAAAAAAAAAAAAAAAAAAAAAGAAAGCUGUACCGCGGGCGAAGAGAAGAGUCUUCUGAAUUCAGGGGAAAAUCUGCAGCUUCGCUUGGUUUUUCUAAUGAUGCCGCAGUAAAAAGGCCCCAAUUUUUGGGGAACAACCGAUAGCGGGGUUUUCUCGUCGACAGACACCGACACUGUUCCUUGGAAAUGUCUGGGAAGAUAGAGAAACAAGAUUCCCAGCGCUCCCACCUCUCCUCGUUCACCAUGAAGCUGAUGGACAAGUUUCACUCUCCCAAAAUCAAACGGACGCCAUCGAAAAAGGGGAAGCAGCAGCAGCCAGAGCCAACAGUGAAAGCAGCUGAGAAACCAGUGAACAAGAAUGUGAGUCGCUUGGAGGAGCACGAGAAGGAUGUGGUGAGCGCCCUGCGGUAUUUCAAGACCAUCGUGGACAAGAUGGUGGCCGACAGGAGGGUUCUGGAGAUGCUGCCGGGCUCUGCUAGCAAAGUGCUGGAAGCCAUUCUCCCGCUGGUUCAGGUGGAGCCGCGCAUCCAGCACAGGGUGACUGACGGGAGAGCUGAACAUAUAAAACCCUUCAGCUCUGCGGUCUCAUCGUGUCACAAUCGGGUCUACCAGAGCCUGGCCAAUCUGAUUCGCUGGUCUGAUCAGGUGAUGCUAGAGGGUGUGAACCUGGAUGACAAGGAAACGGUACAUGCCGUUACCGCGGUGAUAAAGGCAGUGCUGGAUGGAGUGAAGGAGCUUGUGAAACUGACGAUCGAGAAACAGGAGCACCCGUCCCCAGCCUCCCCAGCAUCCCCAGUCAAGAUUUCACCACCCUGCAAAUCCGAGAUCACUACAGAGCUUCCUUUGACGGAGAGGGAAAAGGAGAUUCUGCACAAAACCACGCCCAUGACGCGGUCGCUGGAGAUCCUGACAGACGCCGCUGAGGAGGAUGUGGCUCCACCCAAACCACCCCUGCCUGGGAUUAAAGUCAAUGAGCACAGCCCUCCAGCUUUGCCACCCAAAAAGAGACAGUCAGCCCCCUCACCUACUCGUGUAGCGGUUGUUGCACCAAUGAGCAGGACAACCAGUGGUUCUAGUUUACCCAUUGUUAUCAGCAAGCAGGAGUACGACCAGGACUGUCUCCAGCGACGGCUCUCUGGUGGCAGUCGCUCUUACGGAGGCGAGUCUCCGCGCCUCUCCCCCUGCAACAGCAUUGGGAAGCUGAGCAAGUCUGACGAGCAGCUCUCCUCCCUGCAACACGACAGCGGGCAGUGCUCCCGCAACACCAGCUGCGAGACGCUCGAUAACACUGAAAACAACGACCCAGAUUACGAUUUCCUGCAUCAGGACCUCUCGAACGCUGAGCAGGGGCCUCACGUGGUCCCCAGCGGAGUGCUGAGCCCCCUGCCUGAGUCUCACAGCGAGUCCCCAUCCUCCUUCCCAGGGCAGCCCUUUGAGUACUGCCACUCCCUAGGACCGGGGGCUUCACCGCAGCCAGCCUCCAUAGAGACCCCCCCAGCCUUGCCCCAGAAGAAACGGCGCAGCGCGCCCUCCUUGCAGUCCGAGGGCUUAGGUUCGAGGGUCUCCUACGAGCGCCACCCCUCGCAGUACGACAACAUCUCCGAGGACGACCAGACAGUGCCCCCCUUCCCUGUGUUUUCAGCCGUCUCUCCGGUCCCCCAGGGCAUCGCCACCAUCUUCCCUGCUGACUUCAACGCCUCGGUGACGGAUGACAUUCCCGUGAGCCCCCCUCCCCUCCCGGAGAAGAAGAGCAAGCACAUCCAGCAGUACAUGCAGUUUCUGGAGGAUUACUCGGAGCCACAGCCCUACUUGUUCUAUCCGACACCGCAGAGCGAGAUCAUCUACGAGCAGCGGAACAAGCGCUUCCAGGAGGCGUACUGCUUCAACGACUCCUUCAGCAGCACAGACUCUGUGCAUGAGCUGCUUCCCCCGCCCAGACUACCGCCCAAGCAGAGGCAGCUGGCCUCCUAUACUGCCUCCUCCUCCUCCUCCUCCUCCUCCUCUUCUCUCUCAUGUCAUGUUCAGCAUGCUAAAGCUGCAGUCCCAGUGGAGGAUGCCAACGCGGCUCUCAGUCUGAGCAUGUCCGUCUCUAACUCCUUCCUGAGCCGGCACAGCUCCUUCACAGCGCCUUCGUACAAGUCUGUUUACAGGUCCUACUCUCAGGACUUUGCUCCUCACAAUCAAGCCUUCAUCCCUCCUUUCCUCUCACCUGUCUCUUCCCACUUUACAACUGUCCACCAAUCGCAGAGCUUGGACCUAGCUUCGCCAGCCACUGCUGUUCCUGGGGGCGUGGCCAAUGGUUCCCAGGACGGCUCUAGUGGCUCUCUUGCUGUCUGUCCUCCUCCUCUCCCUGACUCUCUGCAGACCUCUGUGAGCGAGAGUGCUAACGAGGAAGGCGGGGAGGGUGAAUACGUCAAUCUGUAUUCGUCCAGUCAAGUCAAUGGAGAGCUCCCGCACUCCAAAGGAGACCCAGCAGCAGUGGCAGACGAUGCACUGUCAGGCCCUUCCCCUCAGAAGCCCUCGACCAACAGCAAAGAGAACGCAGAGGAUGGCAGCAGGAGACAGAAGUCGACAGACUCGGAUCACAGUGAGGAGGAGGUGGACGAGCUCUCCCUGAUCGAGCACAAGGAGAUCAUGUCGAGGAUAACGCUCAAACAGGAGGUGAGAGACCGGGUCUGUGCAUCUGAUCAAGACCUGUCUGCUAUCAUUGAACAUGUGGAGCCAUCUUUGAGGAGUGACGACGGGCCUGAUGUGCGUGCUGGAUCAGGGGAUAUUUUACUGGUGCACGCAACCGAAACGGACCGCAAAGAUCUGGUUUUGUACUGCGAGGCUUUUCUUACGACUUACCGAACGUUUAUAACACCAGAGGAGCUGAUCAAGAAACUCCACUAUAGAUAUACGAGAUUCUGCCACAGUCCAGAAACGUACAAGAAGCGCUUGAGCAAGAACACCUUCUUCGUGCUUGUCCGUGUGGUGGAUGAACUCUGUUUGGUGGAGCUCACUGAUGACAUUCUGAAGCAGCUGAUGGACCUCGUGUUCCGGCUGGUCUGCAGCGGGGAGCUGAGUCUGGCACGAGUCCUGAGGAAGAACAUCCUGGACAAGGUGGAUCAGAAGAAGCAGCUGCGCUACAUCAACUCCAUGAAACCCCUGGCUGCACGCGGUGUGGCUGCAAGACCCGGCACCCUCCAUGAUUUCCGCAGUCAUGAGAUAGCAGACCAGCUGACCCUGUUAGACGCUGAGCUCUUCUAUAAAAUAGAGAUCCCUGAGGUUUUAUUGUGGGCUAAAGAACAGAAUGAGGAGAAAAGCCCUAACCUGACCCAGUUCACAGAGCACUUCAACAACAUGUCUUACUGGGUUCGAUCAAUAAUCAUUCUUCAAGAGAAAGCCCAGGACAGAGAGAAACUGCUCCUCAAGUUCAUUAAAAUUAUGAAGCACUUAAGAAAGCUGAAUAAUUUUAACUCCUACUUGGCAAUAUUAUCAGCUCUGGACUCUGCACCGAUACGGAGACUUGAGUGGCAGAAACAGACCUCCGAGGGUCUGGAGGAGUAUUGCACCUUGAUUGACAGCUCAUCCUCGUUUCGGGCAUAUCGGGCAGCGCUGGCAGAGGUGGAGCCCCCCUGUAUACCUUACCUGGGGCUCAUCCUGCAGGACCUGACGUUCGUCCACUUGGGGAACCCUGACUUAAUCGAUGGGAAGGUGAACUUCUCCAAGCGCUGGCAGCAGUUUAACAUCCUGGACAGCAUGAGGCGCUUUCAGCAAGUGCAUUACGAGCUGAAACGCAACGAUGACAUUGUCUCCUUCUUCAAUGACUUUAGCGAUCACCUAGCAGAGGAGGCGCUCUGGGAACUGUCCUUAAAAAUCAAGCCGCGGAAUAUCACGCGACGCAAAACAGAGCGGGAGGAGAAGACCUAGGAGCUGCGUAGCGCUGCGGCCUGAAAACUACGAAUCUCAAACUGUGACGGCAGCUAAAGGACGAGAAAUAUUUUUCUAUGUUGCAGUUUACUCAACCUUUUCAUUUCCAAAUGCCAGGAAUCACAGCUGGGGGUUAGCAAGGAGGUGGUGACCUCUUUGUGAUUUACCUGCAGAGCGGAGAGACAGCUGGAGGCUACAAACUGGGCUCUUCCCCGUUUUUCGUUCUUGCAUUUCCCGCCUUAUACAUUUCACUGUGCGCCAUUUCAUGUCAAAAAGACGCGAUUGUCCUCUCCGUGACAUUAGAAUAAUAUAUUUUUUUUCCAAAAUAGAGGCAUACGUCUCUUUUAAAGUGCCAUAGCUACAACCCAUAUACAAAACAUAAACCAACCUGCCAGUGCGUCAGCUGAGCUGGUUAAGAGACUUGGAGGAUCGUCUCCGAGAGUAGUGUGUUCAGAAGAACUGGUGCUUCUUUUUAAAAAAGAGGAAAUUUCUGCACCCAAGAAUGAACUGCGGGGGCAGACUUGAGGAUUCCACAGACUAUUUUUGGUUUUUAUGGGGGGGGGGUUUUCUAAAGGGGAAGAACACGCAUCUCCGAGCAUGUGAAACUCAAGCUUUUCAGAAGCUGAUGCAGAUGGGGUUUUAAUGGGAAUCUGAUUCAAAGCAGAUUUUUUUGGCCUGGGAAUGGCACUGUCAACCAGGGGGGGUUCAGUGAACAGGAGGUUCUCUGCUAGAGGGGUAAUAGCACAGUGCUGUUCUUGUCUUCUAGAAUCUGGUUACACUAAUAAGAUUCUCUGUUGGUCCAAUGCUCAGUGCACAGCUGAACUGUGGUGGGGAAAGACAGGGAUCCUAACAAAGAAGGUCCUGGGAUUAAAUCUGCAUGGUCUAUGCUUACCUAUCAGGAUUUGGGUGUCUAAUGAUCGUCCUUGCUUUGAGCACCUUAAUGUUACAUUACACGUGGAAAUGGAGGUCUAACAGCAAUCAACCCAGCUGCAGUCUAUUCUGAUUUGCUACUUUCAUACGGAAAUGUUAAGAAUUACGUCCAGGGGUGGGUGUGGAAUACUGUAUGCUAGCCUAGAUUUGGCUCGCUAAAUAAACCCAAUUUCUUCUAGUGGGUUUGGGUAGCUGAGUUCAGGGCUAGUUUUGCAUAGACAGGCACAAUAUUGCUGGGGACUAGGAACUACUGUAAGGCAUCCGGAUAUUAUUACCAAUUCAGCAAGAUGCAGAACAGGCAGCUGUCCAGCUAACUGAAACCAUUGAGACAGAUUACCGUCAAGCUAAUUUCAGAUCUCGAGGAGAAACGUUUAAAAAUGCACUUUGCAUAUUAACUUAUGUGUCGUUGAGUGAAUAAAGCUGAUGUCUGUGUAAAUGCUGUGGGUGUCUAUUAAUAAUACAGCUUCUCAUAAAUGUGUCAUUUAUAAAUACUGUAAUAGACUUUUUUUUUUGUCUCGAUUGCAAAUUCCACACCAGCUGUGCACUGCGUAUUGGUAAGGUCGAUGUUUGUAAGGGAUGUUCAGUAGUGUAUGGUACUAGUGAUUGCACACUGAUCCGUGUAUUACUCUGUACUGUAGUGUAGGCGAGUGACUGUAAAUACUAGUAUAUAGAUCAUUCCAAGGUAUUCAUUUUUGUUUUUAUUUAACUUUUUUGUGCAUGAAAGAACUCCUAAAAAAAAAAAAAAAUGGGAAAAUAUUGUAUAUAAUAAGAGACAGGUGUGAAAAGAUGAAUUAUUGUUGCCAGGCUGGUAUAGAGAGGGUUGGGGGGGAUCAUAUUGUGGAUGUUGUGCUGUUUUUCAUAUGCCAUGAAUUUUAUUUUUAUUUGAUUUUUAAGGUUUAAAUGUUCACAUUUUAUCUAGCCUUGAAACUGGAAUACAAUGGGAGAGACACAACAAUUCUUCAUUUUUUUUUUUUUUUUUUUUUUUUUUAACAAUCAUUUCUCAUCCUAAUUUAAGGUAAAACAAUUAAUUGGUGUGACUGACACAGUAGCAUCGAUAAUGGAUCACGUUAAGAAUCAGAAAUAGGGAUUUAUUAAAAUGAUAAAGAAUAAAUAGCUGCACAAAACCCACUUUUUAUGAAGAUGAUUUCUCAGACUAGUAUUUCUUAAUAGACCUCAAGUUACAUCAGCGACUGUUCUGGGAUAUGUAAUUAUCAAUGGUUAUAAAGAUCAAGUGUCCUUUUAUUUAUUUGUAUCUUAUUUGAGCGCUGUGCUAAACCAGUCUAAACAGAGCUUGAUUGCCUGCAUUGCUUCCAUAAGGAACUGUACAUUUCUUACCAUUUUUGAACAGUUGAUUUGCAAUGACAUUUUACAAUAUGAACCACCUAAAAUGUCUUUCUGUAGGUAUGAGAUGCGUGUACUGGAAUAACGUGAUGUUAACCUUAGCCCAGACUUGACCUUGAUUGUGCACAGAUUGCAAAUAGCAUUUUUUUUUUUUUUUUUUUUUUUAAGUAUUUUAAAUCUGUAGCACUGGCUUGUACGCUUUAAAAAGCUUUAAUUUAACCCUUCCAGUGAAAUACUACCAGGAAGAGUUUGUAUUCGUUUAUUGGGUUUUAAAACCUGCAGUAAUUCAAACCUGUUUUGCGUUGCAGUACAUGUGGCUGUAGAUAAAUGGACCGGUGUUCUAGAUCCCAGAUAAGCUCCUGCCUGUUCUUUUUCUUUAAUCAGGAGUACUUGUACAAUUCUUAUUUAUUAAUAUAUUGUACGUUGUAGUAGUGCGUUCCAGAUAAGAGCUCCCCGUACAUCUUGUUUUAUUUUGUCAGUAAAUCUGCAUUUCUCCCGGUGCGUGCUCACCUGCAUUUUCACACAAUUUGUUGUGGGGGGUAGGGGGGCUUUUCUUAAAUAUUUAAUGCUAAGACUAUAAUGAUUGCUUGCCGGUAUUACUCUUCCAGCCCCCCCCCCCCUUCCUCCUUUCUGACCUGUUACAUUGUAUUAUAGAAAUACUGUUAUCAUUGUGACACCAUCAUGCACAUGUGUAUGUAACUUUUGUAU